AUGAGCAAACCAAAGUGCCGCGGAUUUCGGGGCGCCCAGCCGGAGGGAGCACAGCCGCCAGCCUCAAGUCCGCAGCCGGGUCCCGUGCCCCACGCCGGCCUCUCCGGCGGCAGCCGAAUACGAGCGCCAGCACCGGCGGGACAGCAGCAGAUGAGGGCCGGGAGCCGGGCAGGGGCGCAGAGGCGGCGGGGACCGGCGCGGCGGGGAGCUCACCGCGAGGCUGGAGGCUGCGAUCGCGGGCGCACCAGGAGCUCAGGCGGCGGGCGAUCGAACGCUCUGUGGCGGGCGGUGGACGCUGCUGAAGAGGUGCCUUCCCCCAAGGAGCCACCACUCAUGCUUGGAGACACAGGCCUGGACUUUUUGAGGACACGCUCGCUGGCGUCAGCCCGGCUGGCCUGGGAAGUCGGACGGAGGACCAAACUGGAAGCCUCCACGCCAGACAGCACAGACCACCCAAAGGCUGCUCAAUCCACCCAAAGCCAAAAGAGCUCCCCCGCCAGGACCUCAGUGCUGUGGAGACUGCAGGAAGCCUGCUCUGCCCACACCUGCUCUGGCCCCUAGAAGGAAACACCUGGAGCCAACCACAGAGCUCCAGAUCCCAGCUGUGUGAC